AAUGCGGUUGAUAGUGGAAAGUUCAUUUGGGCGGAUAGUGGAAUGUUCAGUGUAAGCCUAAGUGAUGUCAAAGGUGGCUCGAAGAAGCGGCAAACAUUAUGAUGGCUCAAUCUUGUUCAAAUAUCUUGGUCUACCCGUUGGAGUUGUAAGGUCAAAAGUAUCUAGAUGGAAGAAUUAACAUUUAUCUAUUGAUGGUCGAGUGGUGAUGAUAAAAUCAAUCUUGUCUGUGCUUCCGGUCUACUUUCUCUUGUUCUUCAAUGCACCAACAGGUUUGUGGCAAUCUAUGUGUAACAAACUUUGGAUAACCACUGUUGUGUAGAAAAAAGGAUUGGCCCAUUUUAAUCCGUUUGAAGGGAUAGUUGGAGGCGGAAGGGCAAUAUCUUUUUUCAUCCUAAGAUAUUUUCAGAUUUCCUUAAAGUGUUUCUUCAUUGUUUAUGGUGGGAUAAGUAAUUUUCUUCUUCGAAAGUCUGUAUAGCUUAUCUUAUGCCAUGCCAUGUUAUUUUGAUACAUAAAAGUUUUGCUCUUUCAAAAAAACAUACAAAACACUCUUGUUCUUGUUGUAACAUUCAAUGAUGUUUUCUCGUACUACAUUGUAAAAUGAGUAGUAACAUUGGUGUUGCUAAUAACUCAAUUCUGCAAAAGCUAAAACUCAAGAAUCCCAAACUCGUGCUACUAUCACAAUGUUCCAACAUUCACGACCUCAAAAUAAUCCAUGCCCAUAUGCUAAGAACUCAUCUUUUCUUCGACGUUUUCGCAUCAAGUCGCAUCAUCGCUUUCUGCAUAGACCACACAGCAAAAUUUCUAUCUUACGCUAUCAAAGUUUUCUCCCAAAUUCACAAUCCCAAUCUCUUCAUUUUCGAUGCAUUGAUCCGUGGUUGUUCCAUUAGCGAAAAUCCAGAAAACUCCUUUCAUUAUUACAUUCAAUCACAACGCAUUGGUCUCUUACCUGAUAACAUCACUCACCCUUUUCUGGCUAAAGCAUGUGCAAAACUCGAGUCUUUAACAAUGGGUACACAAGUUCAUGGUCAAAUAGUUAAGCAUGGUUUUCAAAGUGAUUUCUAUGUUCAGCAUUCUCUUGUUUAUAUGUAUGCUUCUCUGUGUGAUUUAAUGUCUGCAAGGUGUGUUUUUAAGAAGAUGGGCCGAUUUGAUGUUGCUUCAUGGACUUGUAUGAUUAAGGGUUAUCAUAAAUGUGGUGAUGUUGAAACUGCGCGUGAACUGUUUGAUAGAAUGCCUGUGAAAAAUUUGGUGACUUGGAGUACUAUGAUUAGUGGUUAUUCGCGGAAUGGUCGUUUUGAUAAAGCGGUUGAAAUGUUUGAGAUUCUUCAGGCUGAAGGAGUGGUGGCUAAUGAGGUUGUUAUGGUUGGUGUGAUAUCUGCUUGUGCUCAUUUGGGUGCUCUUGCAAUUGGGGAGAAAGCUCAUGAGUAUGUGAUGAGAAAUAAUUUGGAUUUGAAUGUGAUUCUUGGGACGGCUGUUGUUGAUAUGUAUGCAAGAUGUGGGAAUGUUGAGAAAGCUAUUCGGGUUUUUGAGGAAAUGGAAGAGAAGGAUGUACUUUGUUGGACAGGUUUGAUUUCUGGAUUAGCAAUGCAUGGUUAUGCAGAGAAAGCGCUAGAGUAUUAUUAUGGAAUGGUGAAAACAGGGAUAGUUCCUAGAGAUAUUACGUUUACUGCAGUGUUGAAAGCUUGUAGUCAUGGAGGGUUGGUAGAAAAGGGUCUAGAAAUAUUUGAAAGCAUGAAAAGAGAUCACGGGGUGGAGCCAAGAUUGGAGCAUUAUGGAUGUAUGGUUGAUCUUCUUGGGAGGGCGGGGAAGUUGGAAGAGGCAGAGAAUUUUAUUCUUGAAAUGCCUGUGAAGCCUAAUGCUCCGGUAUGGGGAGCGUUGCUAGGAGCUUGCAGGAUUCAUAGAAAUGUCGAAGUUGGAGAAAGGGUGGGAAAGAUUUUGAUUGAGAUGAAACCAGAACACAGUGGUUAUUAUGUGUUGCUGUCAAACAUAUAUGCACGCACAAAUAAGUGGAAAGAUGUUACUGUCAUGAGAAGAUUGAUGAAGGAAAAAGGGGUUACAAAACCGCCUGGAUAUAGUCUCAUUGAGAUAGACGGAAAAAUUCAUGAGUUUACAAUUGGAGAUAAAUCACAUCCAGAAAUAGAAAAAAUUGAAAGGAUGUGGGAAGAUAUACUGCAAAAAAUAAAGUUAGCAGGAUACAUAGGAAAUACUGGUGAGGCGUUGUUUGACAUAGAUGAAGAGGAGAAAGAAGAUUCACUUCACAGGCAUAGUGAGAAACUGGCCAUUGCCUAUGGAAUUAUGAAGAUUCGAGCUCCUACACCUAUUCGGAUAGUAAAAAACUUGCGAGUCUGUGAAGAUUGUCACACGGCUACAAAGCUAAUCUCGAAGGUUUUCAAUGUAGAGUUAAUUGUUAGAGAUAGAAACAGGUUCCAUCAUUUCAAAAAAGGUGUAUGUUCUUGUAUGGAUUACUGGUAAAGGAGCUAUAUGCAGCUUCUCAGGGGCCUAAAAUUUUCGAAAAUGUACUGCUGAUGGAAGGAAGAUAUGUGAGACAAGUUGUAUGUGUGAGCCAUGAAUUCUUCAAAAUCCAAUAUAAAAAUUAUACAAAUAAUAACAAACAAAUUUUAAGGCAGUGAUUUACACAUCUUUUCAAUUUUCGUCCAAAUGCUGUAAUAGAUUUUCACAUCUUACAAAUAAUUUCGGGGCGGUUUAUUGCACGCUGUGUUUUUUAGAGACCUUGUGAAAACCUGAAAUUACUCUCUCCGA